CAGAAAGAGGUAAUUAAUGGCUGUUCAAGGCUCUCUGGUCUUGGUGUUAGGUUUCAUAGUGAUAGCGAACCUGUAUGUUCAGACAGCAGGUGUCUUUACAAGUAAUGUCUCCGUUCCAUUUAGCCGGAGUAGCUUCCCGGAAGGUUUCAUUUUCGGGACAGCAUCGGCUGCUUACCAGUAUGAAGGUGCAGCAUUUGAGGAUGGUAAAGGCCCAAGUAUUUGGGAUUUCUUCACUCACAGAUAUCCAGGUAAAAUUACUGAUCAUAGAAAUGGAGAUGUGGCUGUUGAUUCUUAUCAUCGUUAUAAGGAAGACGUGAGUAUAAUGAAGCAAAUGGGAUUGAAUGCGCAUAGAUUCUCCAUCUCUUGGCCCAGAUUAUUACCCAAGGGAAAGCUUAGUGGAGGAGUGAACAAGGAAGGCAUCAGAUAUUAUAAUGACCUCAUCGAUGAGCUUCUAUCCAAAGGCGUCCAGCCCUUCGCGACUAUCUUUCACUGGGAUUGCCCCCUAGCACUUGACAAGGAGUAUGGCGGUUUCUUAAGUCCUCACAUCAUAAAGGACUAUCGGGACUAUGCGGAUCUUUGCUUUAAAGAAUUUGGUGAUCGUGUGAAGCACUGGAUCACCUUCAAUGAGCCAUAUGUCUACAGUACUUUUGGAUAUGCCACAGGCAUUUUGGCUCCUGGUCGAUGCUCUAAAUGGGUUAGUGCAGGUUGCAUUCCUGGGAACUCCGGGACUGAGCCCUAUAAAGUGGCUCACAACCUACUUCGAUCUCAUGCUGCUACAGUAAAGCUCUACAGAAAAAAGUACCAGAAAUCUCAAAAAGGAAAGAUAGGAAUCACACUGGUGUCACACUGGAUGAUACCCUUCUCCAGGAGCAAAUCUAACAUUGCUGCUGCCCAUCGAGCUCUUGAUUUCAUGUUUGGAUGGUUCAUGAACCCAUUGACCUAUGGUGAUUAUCCGCAAAGCAUGAUAUCUCUUGUUGGUGAUCGAUUACCAAAGUUCUCAAAGAAGCAGUCUCGCAUGGUGAAAGGGUCAUUGGACUUCCUUGGAUUAAACUACUAUACAGCAAAUUAUGCAGCUGAUGUUCCUUUGAGGAGCUCUGUUAAUAUAAGCUCCACAACAGAUUCUUGUGUUAACCUCACAGUUUCAAGGAACGGGACACUCAUUGGUCCUGCGACUGGUUCAGCUGCAUUCUAUGUCUAUCCGAAGGGAAUUCGGGAAAUUCUGAUCUACACAAAGAAAAAUUAUAGGAAUCCAGUUAUUUUCAUCACUGAAAAUGGGAUGGGUGAAUUGAACAACAGCAGCCUACCCUUGCAAGAAGCUCUGAAGGAUGACAAAAGAGUUGACUUUUACCGUCGCCAUCUUUGGUAUCUUCGAAGAGCCAUAGAGGAUGGUGUGGAUGUGAGGGGAUACUUUGCAUGGUCAUUGUUGGAUAACUUCGAAUGGAACAAUGGUUACACAAUCAGAUUUGGCAUUAACUAUGUUGAUUACAAAGAUGGGUUGAAGAGAUAUGCAAAGCGCUCGGCCAUUUGGUUUAAGAAAUUUCUCAAGAACUAGAUUUAUUUUUAGUAAUUAAUUCUGACCUAUCCCUUCCACUUAAUUGACUGGGGGGCAGGAUGCAUGGGAUGAUGUGUUUUGAUAGUUAAUUUCUGCAAAAGGUUCAAUAAUUAAAUUUUCAAAUACCGAACUAAAGG